AUGUCAUCCCAAGAUACCCCCCAAGGGGCCCAUGUCGUCUCGCAUCCCAUCGACAAUGACGACGCUGCGUCUGGCAAAGGUGACCCCGCGGCGACUCUCGAGGUUUUCCGGCAGACCGAGGACGGCGUCCAGUUCCGCACUGUGAGCUGGCAACGAGCCACAAUUAUCUUCCUCAAGAUCCAAUUUGCCAUGAGCAUCCUCAGUGUGCCAGGAGCCCUCGCUACUCUUGGUGCAGUCGGAGGAGCCUUGUCAAUUGUCGGAUGGCACACUCUCAACACCUAUACUGCUGUGAUUCUGGGUGAAUUCCGCAACCGCCAUCCUGAAUGCCAUACAUUGGCCGACAUGUGCGGACGCCUCUGGGGCCGCGCCGGCAGAGAAUUCGUGGGCUUGCAGAUUCUCGUGGCCCAGGUUCUUAUCUCUGCCGCUGGCAUUGUCUCGAUAUCCACAGCCUUCAAUGCAGUCUCUGAGCAUGGGGCAUGUACUGUCGUCUUCACCUUCGUUUCCGCUAUACUGAUCACUGCUUUCUCAUCUGUGCGUACUUUCAGUCACCUGGGGUGGCUCACUUGGAUCGGCUUUUUCACCUUCUUCAUCGCUGUCUUCAUCUUUGCUGUGGCUGUGACACAACAGGAUCGCCCUGCCAUGGCUCCUCAAACGGGCGACUUCGACCUUGGGUGGACAGCUAUUGCGCAUCCAACAUUUGUUGCAGGCAUUACCGCAAGUGCCAAUAUUUUCAUUAGCAAUAGUGGCUCAUCCAUGUACUUGCCGAUCAUCUCGGAGAUGCGACGACCAGAACACUACAGAAGGGCUGCUUUGGUGACGGGUGUCCUUGUUCUCGCCAUGUACCUGUCCUUCUCACUGGUCAUUUACCGAUGGUGCGGUGUCUGGCUGGCAACCCCAGCCUUUGGAAGUGCAGGGCCAUUAUUCAAGAAACUCUCCUAUGGCAUUGCCCUCCCGGGCUUGAUCAUCGGCGUCGGUAUUUAUCAGCAUGUAGCGGCCAAGUAUAUUUUUGUUCGCAUUCUCAGGGACUCUCACCACUUGCAGGAAAACACGACUGUUCACUGGGCAACAUGGGUUGGCAGUAACUUGGUGUUGGGGAUUCUUGCCUUCAUUGUUGCAGAAGCGGUUCCUAUUCUCAACUACCUAUUAGGCCUCGCGGGAGCUAUUUGCUUCGCUCCAUUCAGCUUAUUAUUUCCUGCUCUACUAUGGAUGCAAGACUUUGCGUCCUACAGAAAAGGAAGUGUUCGGGAGAAGGCAGCAUAUUAUUUUCACGUUUUCGUCGCCCUUGUCGGAUCCUUCAUGGUGGUUGCCGGGACUUAUAGCGUGGCGGUAUCUAUCCGAGAUGCAUAUGCGUCAGGCCUGAUCGCCAAAGUGUUCAAUUGCGCCGAUAAUUCCGGAACCAUAUCAUAG